AUGUCUGGCCGAAGGAUUUUCGAGCUCAUAACCUCUGCCGCCGCCGAUGGAUCUGCAGCACGGCUCGGGAAGAUAUCUCUUCCUGGCAGAAAAGCCAUCGAGACACCGAAUUUCUUUGCAGCCACCUCUCGCGGCUCAGUGCCUCAUCUCACUCCUGACAAUCUCAGAAGACACACUCCUGUGAGUGGAGUUUACAUGGCGCUUGAAGAAUUCAUCGAGAAAAAGGAGCCCCCUGUUCAGCACACCCCUGUUAGGGAGACUUCACGUCGUCUGCAUAGCUUUACGGCUCUGCCUUCCAAUACAGUUUCAAUAUUAGGCCCUCGAAGAUGUGCAGCAGUCGCAACUCCUUUCGGAAAUACUCCAAAAACAAUCACGGUCUUCACAUCCACUGGCUUUCGCAAUGUAACGGUGCCGGAGUUUACGUCUUACAUUCAGGCGCUGCAACCUGACAUUGUGCUACCGCUGGCCGACAUACCAAAUGUUAGCGCAACGCCUUCGUCCAAAAAGCUUGCACGAAUGGUGGACCGGACAGAAGUGUGGCUAGACGAAUUCUUUGACCGUAUGGAUCUAUCUAAAUCAUCAGACUCUUUGGGUAGCUCGGUGUUUGCCCCAGUGCUUCCAGUGGACCACCCUAUUCAAUGGGACUAUCUCAGACAUCUAUCUGAAGAUGUGCUUGAUAAGCUAUCAGGGCUGGCAGUCUACGAUACAAAUAUCCUCCCGGACCUUGUCAACUACCCUUCAUUGGCACCUCUUCCCAAGUUGUCUAUGGAUCCUCCAAAGACCCCGCAAGAGGUCUUGCGUCAAAUUUUCCUUGGUAUCGAUAUUUGCACAUUAAUGUUUGUCAACAGCACUUCUGAUGCUGGUGUGGCCAUGACAUUCUCUUUCCCACCUCCUAGUGUUGAUAAGGUCCAGCCGCUUGGAAUCAACAUGUGGUCUUCUGAGCAUAACACGGCCGUGGUGCCCCUCUUAGAAGGCUGCCAGUGCUAUACUUGCACAAAGCACCACAGAGCAUAUCUUCGCCAUCUCCUUAACGCAAAGGAAAUGCUGGGCUGGAACCUCUUGCAGAUACAUAACCACCAUGUCGUCAACGAAUUCUUCGCUGGCAUUCGCGAGGCCCUUGGCAAAGGACAAGCUGCAUUUGAGGAUGCCAUGCACAAAUUCGCCGCUGCUUAUGAACCCCUGUUCCCUGAAGGGACUGGAGAAAGACCUAGAGCGAGAGGAUAUCAUUUCAAGAGCGAGGCUGGCUCGGAGAAGAUUAACAAGCCGGCCUGGAUAGAUUUGGAUAAAGGGGCCGGAGUUACUGAGAUUACGAGUGUUGUGGAGAGUGGCACGCCUAGCAGUGAAAGUCAGGAUGUGACGCCGGCGGAAGUGAUUAAUGUAGAGGCAGCUGCGGCGGCGUUGAGCUUGAGUUAG